AUGCUCGGCGUUUCAACCUUCCAUCCACCGCCGUUGAAACCGUCGUCGCAUUCAGCUAUUAUUCGUCUGAACCCUAAACUUCCGUUCUCUUUCUCAAAUUUCCCAAAUUCGAAUCGCUCCUCCACCACCAAACCUCUCAUCAUUCGCGCCAUCGACGCGGCACAAUCAUUCGACUACGAAUCAAAAGCCGCACUUCAAUUCCAAAACGCUCAAAAGCUCAAAAUCGCUAUAAUUGGUUUCGGCAACUUCGGUCAGUUUCUCGCCAAAACCUUCGUCCGUCAAGGCCACACCGUCUUAGCUCAUUCCCGUUCCGAUUACUCCGCCGUCGCUCAAUCAGUCGGCGUCAGGUUUUUCCCUAACGCCGAUGAUUUAUGCGAAGAACACCCCGAAGUUAUUCUCCUUUGUACUUCGAUAAUUUCAACUCAUGAUGUUCUCGUUUCUCUUCCCCUUCAGCGACUCAAGCGGAGUACAUUGUUCGUUGACGUUCUUUCCGUCAAAGAGUUUCCUAAAGACCUUUUUCUCGAAUUGUUGCCGAACGAUUUCGAUAUCCUUUGUUGUCACCCUAUGUUUGGACCUGAGAGUGCAAGCCGUAGCUGGAGUGGGCUUCCCUUUGUUUACGAGAAAGUUCGAAUUGGGAACGAAGACCAUAGGAUUGCAAGGUGUGAUAAGUUUCUUGAUGUGUUUGGAAGAGAUGGGUGUAGAAUGGUGGAGAUGAGCUGUGCUGAGCAUGAUAGGUAUGCAGCAGGGUCACAGUUUAUAACACAUACUGUUGGUAGGGUUUUGGAUAUGUUGUUGUUGGAAUCUACUCCUAUUAAUACUAAAGGGUAUGAAUCCUUGUUGAAUUUGGUUCGGAAUACUUCUGGGGAUAGCUUUGAUCUAUACUAUGGUCUCUUUAUGUUUAAUAAGAACUCUUUGGAGAUGUUGGAAAGGUUGGAUUUGGCUUUUGAGGAUUUGAGGAAACAGCUGAUUGCUCGUUUGCACGAUGUUGUGACGAAUCAGUUGUUUGAGAAUGCUGGAAAGGUCCAAAAUUUAGAAGAAAGCAACAACCAUGCAGUGGCCAAGUAUGGCCAAAAUGGAUCUGCAAUUGUGUUGUCCUCCAAAAAUCAGAGAUCUGCUGAUGCCAAACUACAGGGUUAUGACAAGUCAAAUGGUUCACGCCUGUCUAAUGACCGCAGAAAGCUCAAGAUUGCGAUCAUUGGUUUUGGAAACUUUGGUCAAUUCCUUGCAAAAACAUUUGUAAGUCAAGGCCAUAAAGUGUUAGCAUACUCUAGAACAGACUACUCUGAUGUGGCUCAGGAAUUGGGAGUUUCCUAUUUUAAUGAUGCAGAUGAUCUCUGUGAACAACAUCCAGAAGUGAUUUUACUUUGCACUUCAAUCCUUUCAAUAGAGAAAGUUCUUAAAUCAUUGCCUGUGCAGCGGUUGAAGAGAAAUACUUUGUUUGUUGAUGUACUCUCUGUCAAAGAAUUUCCUAGAAACUUGUUUCUUCAGCAUUUGCCUCCUUAUUUUGACGUUCUCUGUACUCACCCUAUGUUUGGGCCAGAGAGUGGGAAAAAUGGGUGGAAGGGUCUUCCUUUUUUAUUUGAUAAAGUCAGAGUAGGAAGAGUGGAAUCAAGAAUGUCGCGUUGUGAUCGGUUUCUUGACAUUUUUUCCAAAGAGGGGUGCCGAAUGGUUGAAAUGUCAUGUGCCGAACAUGAUUGGCAUGCCGCUGGAUCACAGUUUGUCACACAUACCACAGGAAGAUUUUUAGAAAAACUGAAGCUGGAGGCAACACCAAUAGACACAAAGGGAUAUGAGACUUUAUUGAGUUUGGUGGAGAAUACUGCUGGUGAUAGCUUUGAUCUGUACUAUGGGUUGUUCUUGUAUAAUAUAAAUGCAAUGGAGCAACUGCAAAGAUUUGAUCUGGCGUUUGAGUCAUUGAAGAAGCAGCUUUUUGACCGUUUGCAUGUUAUUUAUCGAAAAAAAGUAUUUCAAAAUGAAGAAAAUAUCAGUGAUUUUCCAGAGAGGUCUAUGUUGCCUGAGAUAUCAGAAGACAGUCACAUGGUAUCUUUUACAGAUACCGUGGAUGCUAAAUGA